CGUCCCUCUACUAAAAAUACAAAAAUUAGCCAGGCGUGGUGGUGGGCGCCUGUAGUCCCAGCCACUCGGGAGGCUGAGGCAGGAGAAUGGCUUGAACCCCGGAGGGGGAGGUUGCAGUGAGGCGAGAUCACACCACUGCACUCCAGCCUGGGGACGGAGCAAGACUCCAUCUCAAAAAAAAAAAUAAGAUAAGAAAAGAAACAUACUGCCUUCUAGCCUGGGCAACGGAGCAAGACCCCAUCUUUUAAAAAAUAAAAAAAAACCUGGCCGGGCGCGGUGGCUCAUGCCUGUAAUCCUAGCACUUUAGGAGGCUGAGGCGGGUAGAUCACCUGAGGUCAGGAGUUCAAGACCAACCUGACCAACAUGGCGAAAUCUCAUCUACUAAAAAUACAAAAAUUAGCUGGGUGUGGUGGCUUGACCCUGUAAUCCCAGCUACUCGGGAGGCUGGGGCAGGAGAAUCGCUUGAACCCGGGAAGCGGAGGUUUCGGUGAGCUGAGAUCACGCCACUGCACUCUAGCCUGGGCGACAGAGCAAGACUUCGUCUCAAAAACAAAACAAACAAACAAAAAAACCACAGUAAAAUAGCAGCGACAACAACAACAAAAACCCGGAGCUGAGAGGAGGAAUGAAUGCGAUGAUGAAUGUAAAGCGUUUAACACAGGGCUUGGGUACAGUCUGCCCUCAAUGAACCAAUGAUGUGCCCUUAGGCAAUUUACCCAACCUCGGCUUGCCAGUUUCCUCCCGCGUGAAACAGGACAAUAAACGAUUAUGCCUGUUAGGGUUGUGCUGAGGAAUAAAUGUGUAUGUAAGUUUAUUUGCAAAGCACUUAGAACAGGGUGCACGGUCCUUGUUGCUGUUAUUAUUAUUGGCUAUUAUUGCGCAAAGGGGAAGGGAGGCGGGGCCAAGCCAGGAAGGCCCUGGAGAAUCCGGGGUGCCCCCUCCUCCGGCAGAGCUUGGGCCUGGGCUCACGAGGAAGGGGCUGCAGUUCUCCGAAGAUUCCCGCCUGCUCCCAGAGCCCCGGGAGUCGUAGGACCCGCUCCUGGACGCUGACGUCGGCUUUCAGGGACCCCUCGCCGGACGCCGCGGAGGGACAGAGCCUGGGAGGCCGUCGCCCCGCCCUGUCCCCGCCCCCGCGCGCAGCGGGCCCGGGGCGCUGAGACCCGCGUAGAGCAAAGCGCUAGGUCCCCGCGCCCCUUGGAUCCUCGGUGGCAGGGUCCGGGCGGGUGUCAUUGCGGGGGUUCAGGAAGCCCCGGCCUGUGAUCGUGAGCGGAAACCCCUCCUGGAGUUUCCCCCAAAGCCAUGGACAGCCCUAGUCUUCGUGAGCUUCAACAACCUCUGCUGGAGGGCACAGAAUGUGAGACCCCUGCCCAGAAGCCUGGCAGGCAUGAGCUGGCGUCCCCCUUAAGAGAGAUAGCCUUUGCUGAGUCCCUGAGGGGUUUGCAGUUCCUGUCACCGCCUCUUCCCUCCGUGAGCGCUGGCCUAGGGGAACCAAGGCCCCCUGAUGUUGAGGACAUGUCAUCCAGCGACAGUGACUCGGACUGGGAUGGCGGCAGCCGUCUUUCACCAUUUCUACCCCACGACCACCUCGGCUUGGCUGUCUUCUCCAUGCUGUGUUGUUUCUGGCCCGUGGGCAUCGCUGCCUUCUGUCUAGCCCAGAAGCAUCCCCAGUGCCUGACCUAUAGUAGGUGCUACGUAUCUGCUUUUGGAAUACAUGCAUGAAUGAAUGAAUGGGUAUGUUGGGUGGGGGAGGGACCGGGGAAGGGUCUGGGACUGAGGGGAUGCCUGGGUCACUGCUGCCCACUGCCUCUACAGACCAACAAGGCUUGGGCCAAGGGGGACAUCCAAGGGGCAGGGGCCGCCUCCCGCCGUGCCUUCCUGCUGGGGGUCCUCGCCGUCGGGCUGGGCGUGUGCACGUAUGCGGCUGCCCUGGUGACCCUGGCCGCCUACCUUGCCUCCCGAGACCCGCCCUAGUUGCCCCUACAGCCCUCACUGUGAACCCUGAGGCCGGCAGCCCAGCAAAUCUGUGGGCAGAGAGUGGAGAAUCUUGGUGGAUGAGGCUGCGGCGGCAGCAGGAGCAUCUAGAAACGGGAGCGAGCUGGACUGGAACCCCUCCCCUUCCUGGCCACCGCUCUUCGGGCGGCAGCAACGUGAGAUUAAACACCAGACACCCUUGCAGCCAAA